CCCGCCUCCAUCAUAUGUCAGCCUCCUACUAUUAUUUGGUUUCCUUGUUUGGGGGCUUUGGCUGCUCUUUUUUGGGAGACAGAGCAGGGAGCAGGUGGUAGCCAAGACAGACUCAGAGACUUCAAAGCAGCAUAAAUUGAAAAAGAUCCAGAAACUCACAGCUUCCCAGUGGGAAGAAAAUCUCAGGAUGGUUUGCCCUGAAGCUAAUCUGACACACUUUUCAGGACUCCCCGUGGGAUGGGCCCAGGAAUAUAUACUCUGGUCAAUGGACAGAAGUCUUCAACAGAUCUUCCAACAUCUGGAAUGUGCAAGAUCAAGUCUUAUGGAAUCGUGUUUGCCUGAACCACAGGAUAUGAUUUCUUCCUCCACCUCUUCUGUGCUUGUGGCUCAGGAGCCUAUUCUACCCUGUUGUGGCUGUAAGAAGGCAAAACAUUCUACAGACCACAGCAUCUCCUCUGGAUCAUCAUGCAACAACUCCAGCCUGUCACACCUUCCUGUCUUUUCUGAAGGAACAACCUGGAAACUCCGGAGCCAUAGUUUACCUCUUUUACCCAAAAACCAGUCUUCUGUGUUCAGGAACCAAGGCACAUCCCUACGUCCUUUUCAGCUCUCAGGGUUUGGGAAAUCAAAACUUUUUCAGAAUUUGGCAGCUCUUUCACCCUUAAGAUCCCAAAGCUCUUUUACCAACUCUGUGUUUGAAUCUCCAGAUCUCUGCCAACAAGAAAAAACAAAGAAUGGGAGAGAGAGCAAGAGACAUUGGACAUUGGAUCAUGGGCCAGAUUUUAUUUUCAAGGCAAGACCACGAUUCUCGGGAUGGGCUCCAAUCCGACUCUCUCCUUUGGCUAGGUGGGAGUUAGAGGGACAUAUGGCCUGGAAGGUUUAUACUUUGAGGGAACAAACAGUGCCUCUGCCCGUGAGGGAAUCAUGGGCAAUGCUGAAUUAUUUAAUUGAGGCACAAGGAGGAGUUCCUGAACCAGAGAAACCUCAAAUCCAGGUAUCUAUUCCCAUUCAUCAAAGCACUGAACAAGGUCUCAACAAUAAAUCCCCAAACUGUCCAUCAUUUCAGCUCCAUGUGAAUAUUGGAGUGGAAUCUGGAUUAAAUAGAACAGAAACAAAAAUUUCACAGUCACUUAUCCCAGGUAAGCAGUCACAACCUGGGGACAGCCCCCAAAUCCUUGAAACCAGGCCCUUAGUUACAUCUUUGGGCACUCCACCUCCCAAAAGUUUAGGAGCAGACAUAAUUCAAGAGGAAACCACUUUACUGCAGAAGGAGCCAAAACAUGUCCUGGAACCUAAUAUAGAGCAGAGGGUCAUAAAUCUUCCAGAAAAAAGGAUACAACAGCGUAAGACCCACGUGACUAAUGUGGAGUUGACCCCAAGGCUACCAUAUCAAGUUACAGAUAGCAUAAAGGUAACUCCUUUGGCAUUACUUCAAGUCAUGGAUUCAAUGGGGUUGAUCCCAGAAUCACAUUCAGAAGUGAUAGAAUCUGUGGGUUUGUUCUCACAGCCACCAGACAAAGUUGGGAAACCAAUGGAAACCAUGAAAAAAGUGAAUGUAAGCACAAAACCAUCAUAUCAAGUCACUGAAUCAGUGGAGGUAACACCAAGUCCUCAGCAUCAAGUUAUGAAAUCAAAGAUGACCUCAAGACCACUGAAUCAAGUCACAGAUAAUAUGAAGGUAACUCCUGUAGCAUUGCUCCAAGUCAUGGAUUCUAUGGGGAUGAUUAAUAAGUCACAUGCACAUAUCAUAGAAUCAGUGGGAAUAACCCCAAGAACAUCAUCUCAAGCCAUGGAAUCAGGGGAAAUCAACACAUUGUUGGACCAUGAAGUCAUACCACCAGGAAAGAUGAGUCCAAAGGCACAACAUGCAGUUGUGGAAAGUGUGGAAAUCACUGUAGGACCGCAGCCUGAAGUUAGUGAUUCAGUGGACAUAACCUCAAAGCCACCAAGUCAAAUCAUAGAACCACUGAAGUUUCCUUCAGAGCCAGUAUGUCAAACCACAAGACCACUGGAAAUGAUCUCCAGUCCAUUGCAUCAAGUUAUGGAUUACACAAAAGUAACUCCAGUGGCACUAUUACAAGCUAUGGAUUUCAUGGGGAUAAUUCCACCAGCACAGCCACAUAUUAUAGAAUCUGGAGAUUCACAAUCUAAAAUUGCAAAUUUGGCCCCAGGAGCAACUCAGCCAGAUGGUUUGACUUCUUUUAGCUCUCCUCCUACUAUUGGUCCACCUGGAGUUGUAGAAUCUGUGGGUUUACCCCUAAAGCCCCCACUUAAAGUUACAGAAUCAGUAGGGAUGAUUCCAAAGCCAUCACAUCAAUCCAUACAUUCUUUAAAGGUAGCUCCAGUAGCACUGGAGUCACCCAUGGGAAUGAUCAUAGCACCACAAUCACAAGUUGCGGAAACUCAGGAUUUGACCACAAGGCCAGUAUCUCAAGUCAAGGAAUCUCUGGAGUUGACUCCUGGGUCAUGGAUUCAAGUGCUAGACUCUGUGGAGAUGACUCCACAACCAUAUCAUCAAGGCACAGAAACUAUGGAAUUAACCCCAGGGCUACCUCAUCAAGUCAUGGAAUCUCCAAGGUUGACCCAGUGGCAUCAAAUCUUAGAAUCUUCAGAGAUGAGUCCAAGGCAAAGCCGUCAAAUUAUAGAAACCAUGGAGUUGGCCUCUGACCCUGUAAUCAGAAAUCUGACUGGGUCGACACAGUCACAGCAUCAAAUAAUGGAACCUUUAGGGACAGUCCCAAGGUCACUGGGUCAAAGCACAGCAUCUAAGGGAAUGAGCCAAAAGCCACUGCAUCAAGUCACAGAAUCUGCAGGAAUGACCACCCCAUCACUGCUUCCAGGUGUAGAAUAUUUGGGGGUGAAGCCAAUGCCACAACUUAAGGCUAUGGAUUCUAUGAAGUUAUCCCCAGGAUUGCAAAAUGUAAAGUCCGUAGACAUAACCCCAGGUCCAGUCCCACAAAUGGUAAAAUAUGGACAGCCAAUCCCAACUGUGAACCCUAUAGAAUUGGUCCCAGAACUUCAACUGCAGAUUGUAAAAUCAAAUGAGUUGGCCCCUAUUCCACAGCUGGAAAGUGAGAAUUCUGUGCAGUUAGCCCCAGGGUCUCAGCUUCAGGGUGUGAAAUCUAUUCAUUUAACCCUAGGAACACAACAACAAAGUGGAAAAUCUGCUGAGUUAGCCCCAGCACCACAGUUGCAAAAAAGGAAGUCAAUAGAUUUGAACUCCAGUUCACGGUUGCAAGGUCUGGAAUAUGUUCAUUUGGCCCUACCACCAGAGUUUCCAGAUAUAAAAGCUGUGGAGUUGACCCUAAGACCACUACAGAAAGAUAUGAAAUCCAUGGAGUUGGCCCCAAAGCCAUGGUUACAAGAUGAAAGAUCUAAGGAGAAAGCCCCCGUAUUAUUGCUUAAAGAUAUGAAAAUUCCUCAAAUGGUAGGAUGUAGAAAGUUGAUUCCCAAAACACAGGUAGAGGGUAUGAAAUAUGAGGAGCCGAUCUCAGCGGCCCCCAUUCAAGCAGUAAAAUCUGUAGAGCUGAACCUCAUGCCAAAUCAUCAAGCCAGAGAACCUGAAGGAUUGACCCCAUGGCAUCAAGCUUUAGAAUCUUCAGAAAUGAUCACAGAGCCGGGAUAUCAAGGAGCAGAAGCAGAGGUGACCUCUGACAUUUGUCGCCACAGGAAAGAAUCUAUGGAGUUGAAAAAAUCAUCUUUAAGAAGUACUCCAGGGCCAUUGAGUCAGACUUCAGAAUCUAUGCAGGUGAACUCGGUGCCAUUCCAAAGUGCUCUUGAGACAAUGCUCCAAGGUGUAAAAGCCUUGGAGACUCGAGGGUCUCAACACAUAAUACAAGAAUCUCCAGAGUUGGUACCAGGAUCAGAGAUGCAAGAAAUGAACCCAGAAGUGUUGAACCCAGAGUCCCAAGGUAUGAAGGUUGUUCAUCUGAAUCUAGGACCAUAUUCAGAAUUUAUGAACUAUAAGGAGUUGACCUCAGAACCACAAUUUCAAGGUGUGAAAUCUGUGCCAUUGACCUCAGAACCGCAGCCCCAAAGUACAAAACCUGAGGUGUUGACUCUAGGCCCAUUAAUGCAUGGUAAUACAUUUAUGGAUUUAACUGUACCAGUGGAAGAAUCUAGGAGAUUAAUUCCUGAAACACACUUACAUGUUGAAUCAAGGAAACUAACCAUGGAACCACAUUUACAAGCAAUGAAAUCUGUGGGUCCAACUUCUAGACCAAGGCAUCAAGACACAGCAUCUGCAGAGUUAUCUUCUGAGACCUGGCCACAAGAGGAGGAAUCUGUGAAAUUAAUCCCACAGCAAGUCGUGGAAACUACUGGGAUGAUGCCCAGGCCAUGUUUUCAAAAAUUUUCAGAGAUGACUCCGGGGCCAGGCUAUCAAGACACAGAAACUGCGAGGCUGGUUUCUGAGGCUUUGCUCCAAGUGACAUUAACACAAAAACCAACAGGUCAAGUUAUAGAAUCUACAGGAAUGACUCUAAAACCACACCUUCAAGUUUUUGAGCCUUCAGAGAUACCCCUAAGGUCAGAAUAUGAAAACACAGAAUCUUUUGGGUUGGCAUCGUUUCAAGUUGAAAAUAUCCAGGAGACAAUGCCAGUACCACCAUAUUCAGUAAAAGGAUCUCCAGAAUUGACUUUAGGACCAGGGAUGCAAUAUGAGAAAUCAGAGACACUAAUGCAAAAUUUGAAAUCUGUGACGUUAACCCCUGAGUCAUCCCCAUUAGUGGUAGGAUCUAAACAAUUUAUCACAGGACCAAAACUACAUGUUCUGGAGCCACAGUUCCAGGGAGUAAAGUCUAUGCAGCUGGAUCCAGAGCCACAAUUACAGGAUGUGGAAUAUGUUAAUUUAAUCCAACAACCAGCUACUACUGGAAUGGUAGAAUCUGAGAAGCUGGUACAAGAACCAGUACUACAAAGUAUAAUAUCAGAGGAAUUGACUAAGGGGGCACAGCUUCAAGGUGUGAAAUUGACCCCAGGGCCACAUUUACAAAGUGUCAGAUUUUCAAAGUCAUCGCCAGGGCCACUUCUUCAAGGAGAAAAACCUGUAGAUUUAAUCUCAGGGUCACUACAUCAUAGUGUGAAAUCUGAUGAACUGACCCCAGAUUCCCCAAUGCAAGAAAUCAAAUUGUCAGAUUUUAUCCCAGGGCCGAAGCAUCAAAGUGUUAUGUCUGUACAAUUGUCUCCAGAACCACAAACUCAAGGUAUGAAAUUUGUGGAACAAAACUCAGGACCAUGCUUGCAAGAUGUCAGGUUUUCUGAUUUGACCUCAGCACCAAAUCAUCAAGGUUUCAAACAUGUGCAGUUUAUACCGGGAACACAGCUUCAAGAUAUACAGUCCUUAGGAUUUGUAACAGAAUCAUCUUUGCAAUCAAGCCAAGGGCUCUUGAGUGAAAAUACGAAAUCUCUUCUGUCUGUUGAAGGAUCACAGUUUCACAGCAUGGAAUCUAUGAAAUUGACCUCAGAACUACAGUUUCAAGGUGUGAAGUCUCAGGAAUUGAACCUAGGACCAAGACAGCAAGAUGUCAAAUUUUCUGAACUGACUUCAGGGCCAAAGCUUCAAGGUGUCAAAUUUGGGGAGCAAACCCCAGGAUCAGUGUUUCAAGGUGUGAAUUCUGUGGAGAUGACUCCAGAUUUAGGGCUUCAAGAAUUUAAAUUAGCAAAGACGUCUCCAGGGCCUCAAGAUAUAAAACAGGCGGGGCUUAACCCAGGGCCAUGGCUACAAGAUGUCAAAUUUUGUGAUCUGACAUUAGGAAUUCAACCUGAAGGUGUGAAAUCUUCAGACUUAAACUCAGGGCCACAACUCCAAUAUGCGAAAUUUUUUGAGUUGUCCCCAAAGCCAAAGAUGCAAGGAGUAAGAUCUAUGGGGUUGUCCCCAGGACCUCAAAAGCAAAUGGUCAAGCCUGAGAUGUUACCAGAGACACUGUUUCAAGGUGUAAAAAAUUUAGUGAUGGAUCAAAUGUCAAAUCUGGAAGGUAACAUUUCUUAUAAAAUUGUCUCCCAGCCACAGAAACCAGAUGCAAAAUCUAUGGAGUUGACUCCUGAGUCACAGUUGCCAAGUGUAAACUAUUCUGAGUUGACUAGAAGACCACAGUUUCAAGGUAUAAAAUCUUCUGAAUUGAUCCAAGGGCCACAGGUGGGAGGUGUGAAACCAAUGGACCUGACCCCAGUGGGCUCAAAACUUCAAGGUUUAAAAUCUGAGUUGUUGAUCUCUGAGCUGAAAGAUGUGAAAUCUAUGGCCUUAACUACAGGACAGUGUCUAAAAGGUAUGAAAUCUAUGUUGCUAACCCCCAGUCCACAGCUGGAGGGUGAGAAAUCUGUGGAGAUAACUGCAGUACCAUGGAUAGAACAUGUCAAAUCUGUGAAAAACACCGAAGAUACCAAGCUUCAAGGUGCAAAAUCUGACUUGAUUCUGCAUGCAAGAAUUCAAGAAUCCAAAGCUGUGGAAACUGUGGGAUUGAAAUUUGGGCCAAAGAUGCAAGGUGAGAAAUCUGUGCCUUUUGCACCAGGGCCAUUGCUCCAAGGGUCUGAACUGCAAGGUGUGAAACCUGAGGAACUGACUUUAGAGCCACAAACGCAAGAUACAAAAUUUGUCGACAGUACCCCAUGUUUAAAGCAUCAAAAUUUAAAAUCUGUAGAGGAAACUCUAGAUUCAGAGCAGCAAUGUGUAAAAUCUGUGAAGUUGACCCCAAGGCUAAAGAACCAGGAAGUAAAAUCUGUGAAAGUGACCAGAAGACCAAAGUUUCAAGGAGUAAAAGCUGUGGAUUUAGCCCCAAGGCAACAGUUUCAAGGGAUGGCACUUGCAAAUUUAAUUUCUGGACUGGAACAGGAUGGCACGAUAUCUGUAAUCUCACCAAAGCAGCAAUGUGUGAAUUCAGAGCAAUUGAAGAGAGGGGCUAAGUCAGAUGAUGGGAUGUCUUUGGAGUUAAGUCCAGAGCUAAAACUUGAAGGUAAAAAAUUAGUAGACCUCAAUUUUGAGUUACAGUUUGAAAGUAUGAAAUCAUUUGAAUUGACUUCAGAAUCAAAUAGUCAAGGUUUAAAACCUAAAGAAUUCAAACUUGAACCACUUGAACCACAGUUGCAAAGCAUAAAGUCUCCUAAGUUGACCCCAGGGCCACCGUUGCACCAAAUAAAACCCUCAGAGUCAGCUUCAGAACCACAACUUUGUGUAAAAACUGCUGAGUUAAAACAAGAGCCACUGCUUGAAAGUAUGAGAUGUAUUCAGUGGAUACCAGGACCUAAGUUCCAAGCUGUGAAAUCUGUAGAGUUAAAUCUCGGGUCACAGUCUCAAAGUGUUAAAUCUGUAGGGUUGAAAUCUUCGAUACAGUUAAGAGAUAUGAAGUCAUCUGAAUUGACUCUAGGGCCAAAACCUCAAGGUGCAACAUAUACAGGGUUCAACCUUGGGCCACAGCUGCAGAACGUGAAAACCCCUGAGGUGCUCCCAGGACCACAGCUGCAAAAAGGGAAGGCUUUGGCAUCAACCUCAGAGCCACAGCUUCAAGAUGUAAAAACUAUUGAGUUAAAAAAAGAGCCACAGCUGGAAAGUAUGAGAUGUAUUCAGUGGAUACCAGGACCUGAUUUCCAAGGUGUGAAGUCUAUAGGGUUACAAUCUCAAGGUGUCAAGUCUGUAGGGUUGAAAUCUUUGAUACAGUUAAGAGAUAGAAAGUCAUCUGUGUUGACUCCAAGGCCAAAGCUCCAAGAUACAGGAUCUUUGGCGUCACUCCAGGAACAUCAGCCUCAAGAUUGUGAUUUGAAACCUUGUCUACAGGUUAGAAGUGUGAAAUCAUGUGAUCUGACUUCAGGGUCAAAGCUCUGUGAUAUGAAAUCUAUGCCAUUGAAAUCUAGGCUUUGUGUGCAUGAUAGGAAAUCUCCUAAAUUGACUGCAGAACCAAAGCUUCAAGAAGUGAAACCCUUACAGUCAUCCCCAGGAGCGCAGCUUCAAGUUGUGAAGUCUCUAGUACUUACAGAAGAGCCACAGCUUCCUGACAUGAAAUCUGGGGUAUUAAGCCAAGGGUCACAAUUACAAAGCAGUACAACUAUAGAGUUGAACUCCCCACUACACUUGAAAAGCAUGAAGUCAUCUGAGUUGACUCUUCAGAGAAAGCUUCAAGGUAUGAAAUCUGAGAAUUUCAACUCAGGGUCACAGUGGCAAGAUCUAAAAUCUUCUAAGUUGUCACCUGAGAUAAAGUCCCAAGAUAUGACAUUUACUGAGUCAAAUCCAAGUUCACAGUUGGAAGGUAUAACAUUUUCUAAGCUGACUGCAGGGACAAAGAUUCAAGGUACCAAAUGUACAGAUUUCAACCUUGGGCCAUCAUUACAAGGUGUGAAUUCUAAAAGGACCUCAAAGACAAAGCUUCAAAAUGUAAAACAUAAAGAAAGCUGCCCCAGUCCCCAGGUGCAAGUUGUGAAAUCUGACCUGAGCCUGGGAUCAGAGCUUCAAAAUGUGAAAUUGGUGUUCAACCCUGAGCCACAAUUUCAAGGAGUGAAAUGUUCUAAAUUAAUCUCAGAAAUGAAGUUUCAAGAUGUGGAAUCUGCGAAGUUCAAACCUGGGCCACAGCUGAGAGGUGUGAAAUCUUCUGAAUUGAUACUAGGGACAAAACUUCAAAAAGUGAAAUCCAUGGAUUUGAAGUCAGGCCCACAGUUGCAAGAUAUGAAAUCUUCUAGGUUGAUCAUGGGUAUAAAACUUCAAGAUGUAAAAUCUAUGAAUUUCAAGUCUGGACCACACUUGCAGGAUGUGAAAUCUUCUCAAGUCAUCGCAAGGAAAAAGUUUCAAGGUGUGAAAUCUGUGGAACUGAAAUCUAGUCCAAAGUUACAAGGUGAGAAAUCUUCUGAUUUGACCCCAGGGAGGAAGUUUUCAGGUGUGAAAUCAGGCCCACAGUUACAAGAUGUGAAAUGUUCUGAGUUGAUCAUGGGUAUAAAGCUUCAAGAUAAAAAAUCUGCAGGGUUCAGUUCUAGAUCACACUUUCAAGGUCUGAAAUCUUCUGAAGUGAUCCCAGGGCCAAAGCUUCAAGAAGUGAAAUCCUCUGAGUUCAACCAUGGUCCAAAGCUACAAGGUGGGAAAUCUGAUUUGACUCAGAAGAGGAAGCUUCCAGGUGUGAAAUCUGUGGAGUUCAACCCUGGACCACAGAGACAAGGUGAGAAAUCUGAUUUGAUGCUAGAGUAUAGGCUUCAAGAUUUGCAAUCUGUUGAGUUAAAACCUAUUCCGCAGUUACAAGGUGUAACAUCUUCUGAGUUCACACCAAAAACAAAGCUUCAAAGUGGAGAAUCUGUGGAGUUCCUUACCAGACCCAUGUGGCAAGAUAUGAAAUCUCUUGAAUUGACUCUAGGUGCAAAGGCCCAAAAUAUGAAAUCUUUGGGGUUUGAGUCAGCCCCACAGUUACAAAAUAGGAAAUUGCCUAUGUUGACACCAGAGGCACACCUUCAAGGUAUGAAAUCUAUGAAAUUCAACCCUGGGGCAAAGUUCCAAGGUGCAAAAUCUCCUGAGUCCAUAAAGCUUCAAAUAAUGAAAACCACAGAGGUCAACCAUGACCUAGAAUUCCAGGUUGCAAAACCCUCUGAGUUAGCCUUGGAAUCCAAGAUUUGCAGUGUGAUAUCUUCUGAGUUCAAAGCUGGGAAGCAGUGGCAAGAAGAGAAAUCUUUUAAGUUGAAACCAUGGCCAGAGCUUCAGAGUGUGAAAUUUGUGGUCUACAAUCCUGGACCACAUUUGCAACAUAUAAAAUCUUCAGAAUUAUGUAAAGAGACAAAGCUUCAAGAUGUGAAAUCUAGGGAAUUCAAUCCUGAGCAACAGUUACAAGAUGUGAAAUCUGAGUUAUGCCAGGGAUCAAGGCUUCAAGGUAUGCCAUCUUUAGAGUUCAAUCCUGGGCCACAGUUACAAGAGAUAAAAUCUGAGUUGUGUACAGACAUGAAGCUUCCAUAUGAGCAAUUUCUGGAAUUCAAGCAUCAGCCUAAAUUACAAGGUGGGAAAUCCUCUGAAUUGAAUCCAGGGCCACGGCUUCAGUGUGUAAAUGUUAGGGCAUUCAGCACUGGGCCACAAUUGAAAGGUAUAAAAUCUGAGUUGAAUCCUGGGCCAGAGCUUCAAGGUAUAAAAUCCCAGGUGUUCUGCCUUGGGCCACCUUUACAAGGUGUGAAUUCUUCUGCGUUUAUUUCAAAACCAAAAUUUGGAUGCAACUCUGAGCCACCCUUGCAAGGUAUAAACCCUUCUGAAUUAACUUCAGUAUCAAAACUUCAAGGUACGAAGUCUUCUGAGUUGAGUUCAGGGACAGAAAUUCCAAGGGAGACAUCUAUGGUGUUCAACCCUGAACCACAUUUGCAAAGUUUGAAAUCUGAAUUGAUUCCAGGGUCAAAGUUUUUUGGUGUAGCACCUACGGAAUGCAACCCUGAGCCACAGAUGAAGUGUGUAAAUUCUUCUAAGUUGAAUCCAGAGCCAAAAUUACAAUGUGUAAAUUCUAUGGGGUGCAAACUUGGGCCACCUUUGCAAGGUAUACAGUCCUUUGAAUUGACUUCAAGGACAAAAUGUCCAGGUAUGGGAUCUGAGGUGAAUCCAGGGACCAAGAAUCAAAGUGAGACAUCUAUGGUGUUCAGCCCUGAACCACAUUUGCAAGGUUUGAAAUCUGAAUUGAUUCCAGGGUCAAAGUUUCUUGGUGUAGCACCUAUGGAAUGCAACCCUGGGCCACAGAUGAAGUGUGUAAAUUCUUCUGAGUUGAAUCCAGAGCUAAAAUUACAAUGUGUAAAUUCUAUGGGGUACGAACUUGGGCCACCUUUGCAAGGUAUACAGUCUCUCAAGUUGACCUCAGGGGUUAAAUGUCAAGGUAUGGGAUCUUUUGAUUUGAAUCUGGGGUCAGAAGUUCUAGGUAUAAAAUCUGUUAUGUUCAACCCUGUGCAACAUUUACAAAAUGUGAAAUGUGAAUUGACUCCAGGGACAAAGUUUCAAGAUAUAACAUCACGGGAAUUCAACUGUGGCCCACAGCUGCAAGGUGUGAAUUCUUCUGAUUUGAAUUUAGGGUCAGAACUUCAAUGCAUAAAUUCUAUAAAGUUUAAUCCAGGGCCACAGAUGCAAGGCAUGAAACCCUCUGAAUUGAACCCUACAUCAGAAUAUCAAGGUACAAAAUCUAUUCUGUUCAAACCCGGGCCACAUUUGCAAGGUGUAAAAUCUUCUGAGUUAAUUCCAGGGACAAAGUUUCCAGAAAUCCAGUUUUUGGAGAAUCACUGUGGGUCACAGCAACAAGUUGUGCAGUCAGUGUUCACUUUAGGCUCUCCAUUAAAUGGUAUGAAAUCUCUCUUAUUUUUACCGGAGCCACUGCUUAAAGAUGUAAAGUUUGGGAAGAUGAACAAAGAGCCAUUGCUUUGUGAUGCAAAUUCUGUGAAACUGAUUUCAGGCUCUGAGCUGCAGAAUUUGAAAUGUGAGAUGUUUGCACUAGAGCCAUGUUUAAAAGAAAUGAAAUCUGUGGCGUUAAAUCCAGGGCCACAUCCUCAAGGUAUGAAUUCUGGGGACUUGCCCUCACACCUCAGGCAGCACAGUGUGAGAUCUGUGGUGUUUGCACCAAAGCUGUGUUUUCAAGAUGUGAAAUCUCUGGAAUUGAAACCAAGGCCACAACCUCAGGAUGUGAAUUCUAAGGAUUUGAUUUCUUGCCUCAGGCAGAAAUCCGUGGUGUUUGAAUCAGAGCCAUGUUCUCAAGAUGUGAAAUCUUUGAAGUCAAACCUAUUGCCACAGCCUCAAAGUGCUAAUUCUUUAGGGUUGUCAUCACGUCUAAGGUCACCAAGUGUUAACUCUGAGGUCUUUGCACCAGAACCAUGUUUUCAAGAUGUGAAAUUCGUAGAGUUGACACCAGGGUCCCAACAGCAAGGUAUGAAUUGCCGAGAGUUGAUUUCAGGAUGGCAAGGUAUGAAAUCAGUGGUGUUGGCACCAGAGCCAAAUAAGAAGUUCAUACCAGGACCAAUGUUGAGUAGUGUUAAAUUUUCAAAUUUGUCUCUAGAAUCAGAGCAACAAGGUCAGAAACCUUUGGAGUUUACUCCAGAACCAAAGUUUCAAAGUAUAAAACAUGUGAAAUUGUCUUCAGUAUCUCUGCAACAAGAUAUAAAAUCUGUAGAGUUACCACUGGGGUCACUGCUUCAAAGAACAAAAUCUGAGGAGCUAACUCCAAAAAGAAGCUAUCAAAUCACAGACUCCUCUGAGAUAAUCCCUAGGCCAGAGCUUCAGUUUGUAGAACAUGCAGAGAUGAUCCCAACACCAAAGCAUCAGAUCUCUAAAUCUGUGAAUUUGAUUUCAAUACCAGUUUAUCACAUCACAGAAAGGCUGGCACAUCAAGGCAGAGAAACUGUAGAAAAAUCUGUGGGGUUCACCCCAAAGCCAGCAAGUAAAGCCAUGGAAUCUUCAGGAGUGCCUCUAAGGCUAGAUCUUCAAGUACCAGAAUCUGUUGAUCUGACUCCUGUGCUAAGGAAUCAAGACUCUAAAUCCUUAGAGUUAACCCUAAAGAAAAUCCCAGAAACUCUAGAGUUGCUCUCUCAGUCAUGGCCUCAAGUUAAGGAUUUGGGGGAGUCACAUACAAGGCCACUGCAGCAAGUUGUAGGAUCUGAAGAGAUGACACCAGAGCCCAAGCAUCACACUACAGAAACUAUGGGGUUGACCUCCAAGGCAGGGCCAAAAGGGAAGGAAUUCUUUGGAAUGACCCCAAAGCCAAUAAGUAAAACCACUGGAUAUGCAGAGAGAGUUCCAAGGCCCUAUCCUCAAGCACUAGAAUUUGUGGAGAUGAUCUCUGAGAAAAGACUGCAAAGGGAAGAAUUGAAAGCACUGACUACAAAGUCAUUACAUCAUGUCCCAGAAUCUCCAGAGCUGACACCAGGGCUAGGAUAUCAAGUUCCUGAAUCUGUGGGUUCAACCUCUAAGCAAUGGCUUCAAAGAGAGGAAUCUUUAGAUUUGCCCCCAAAGCAAACAGGUCAAGUUGCAGGACAUGCAGAAUCUGGAGAGCUCACAUCUGAGACAUGGCAGCAAGGGGAUAGAUCAAUGGGGCUGACACAGUCACAGAAUCAACGUAUGAAAUAUUCACAGACAGCUCCAGGACUACGGAGUCAAAUUACAGAAUUUAUGAGGAUUACUCCAAAGCCACUAGAUCAAGUCACAGGAUCUACAAAGAUGCAGCUUCAAGCUGCUCAACCAAUAGGAAUAACCCCAGUAGCCCCCCCAAAAGUUAUUGAAUAUGUGAAAGUGACUCCUGGGCCACCACUUCAGGUUGUGAAGUCUGUAGCAUUAACACCAGGGCCAGCCUCUCAAAUGGUAGACUAUGUUGAGUUGACUCCAAAACUGCAACAUGUGAGACCUUCUGAGUUUACCUCAGGGCUAUGGUUGCAAAGUGUAAAAUCAAAGGAAUUAACCACAGAGCCAAAACACCAAAUUUUGGAAAUAAUGAAGUUGGCAGGGUUUCAAAUUGUAAAGACUGUGUUAAUCCCAGGGCCACCACUUCAAAUCGUAAAAUCUGAGGAAUUAGCACCAGGACCAAUUCCUCAGAUUGUAGAACCAGUAGGAGUAGCUUUAGGAUCAGCUAUUGAUUGUUUGGAUUUAUUCCCAAGGCCACAUCUUCAAGAAAUGGUAGAACCUGUAGAAUUAACUCCAAGGCCAAAUACCGAAGUAAAAUCUGCAGAAUUACACUCACAGCCAGCAUUUUCUUUUGAGGAACCUAGCGUGUUCACUCAUGAACAAGGGCUUCAAGCUGUGAAAGCAAUAGGGACAAAAACAGGGCUUCCUCAAAGCAUGGAAUGUAAGGAUUUGAAUCUAGCACAGGUAUAUCAGAAUAGGGAAUCUGAGGAUUUUAUGUCAAGAGAGGAGUUACAAAUAGGAAAUUAUUUCUCUAGAUUUCUACAGAACUCUUCAAACUCACUCAUCCCAAGCUCUGUCGAAGCAUCUGAAUUAGGAAGCCUUUGUGAUUUGGAGAUGCCAGAAGUAUCAAGGGCCUUGGAUAUUAAAAACCUUGGGACAGAUAUUUUGCAGCCUGAAGAGUCCUUUAUAGACCCUACUAUGAUACGAGCUUCAACCCUUCCCUUGUCCCUUCACAAUCAACCCUCUGAUAAGAUAGCUAACAUUGUAGAAACCCCACAUUUUGAGAUCCCAGGAGUGGGUGUCAUAUCUAAGAGGAUGGAUAAGAAGCAGGUGGAAAAGCUAGAGAAUUCACUCCAGCGCCUAUCCCAACAUCCACUGCAAAGCUGGCGAUCACCAUCUAGGACCUUCCAGUCAGGAUCAGGAACUCAAAGAGGCUUUACCUCGUCUGUCCUGGGCAGACAACAGAAUGUCUGGGAGAAUCACUCCUGGAGACAGCGACUACCUAGAAAAUAUCUCUCCAACAUGCUAAUGCUGGGGAAUGUCUUGGGAACCACUAUGGAAAGGAAGCUUUGUUCUCAAACAUCUUUAAGGGGAAGAUGUCAAUCUAUUCAGAAUUUAUUUGGGGUUCCAGCUGAACUGAUGGAAUUUUCCCAGAGUCUGCUAGAGAAGAGUCGAAGUAUUAUUUCUCAGACUUCAGUGUCCAAAAACUACAUUCAGAGACACACUUCAUGCCAUGGUCAUGAGCAAAGAAUAGCCUUAAGGAUGUGGACACAUAGCUCCCUGUCCUCCAUAAUACAGCAAUACUCUGGGACUAGAACGAGAAUAAAGAAAAGUUCGAAGCUCAGUGAUAAUCCCCAGGAAGUCAUCCAGCACAUGCCUGUUUUAUGUACAGGGGGCCAGCCUCCUGCCCCAGUAAGUUUAGAGUCUUCCUUCAAUAUAGUUUUCACUAGGAAAGAUUCUAUUCCAGUGGAAGAGAGUAAGAACUCACAGAGUAAUUCACAGACAAGGAUUUUUGAGUCCCAACAGUGUCUCAAGCCAAGUUAUCUUCCCCAGGCCAAGACUGACUUCUCAGAACAGUUCCAGUUGCUACAAGAUCUGCAGCUAAAAAUAGCAGCAAAACUGUUAAGGAGUCAAAUACCCCCAAAUGUACCUCCACCUCUAACUUCAGGUUUGGUUUUAAAAUACCCUAUCUGCCUACAGUGUGGCCGAUGUGUAGGAUUUAAUUGCUGUCAUAAAUUACAGGGCACUUUUGGGCCUUACCUUCUUAUCUAUCCACAGCUCCACCUUGUAAGCACUCCUGAAGGCCACGGAGAGAUUAGGUUGCAUCUUGGCUUUAGGUUGCGAACUGGGAAAAGAACCCAAGUCCCAAAGUACCACAAAAGAGACAGACCCAUCACACCAAGGAGUCCUAUAUCACCAUCACUAAGGAAAGCUAAAGUCUAUACUCGAGCUUCCAAGAGUCCUACUUCUACAAUAGAUUUCCAGUCUGGAUCUUCCCAAUCUCCUGUACAAGUCCACAUCAGGCAAAGGCAGUAUAUCGUCCCUGACCUAGGAAAGACAGAAAUUGGAGAGCUGGGGCACUAUGAAUUUACUCAAGUUCACUCUCUACCAGAGAGUGACUCUGAAAGCAAUCAGGAUGAAAAAUGGGCUAGAAGGAGAACCAAAAAGACCCAUAGUUCAAAAUACCCAAUGAAAAGAAUCACUAAGGGAGGCAUAACACAAAACACAAAGUUCUACACAAAUGGUAGAACCACAAUACGGAGUCCUUCUAGGGACUUACCAGCCCAGUUAAGAAGGAAGAGGAAUGGAGCAUCUCACACAAUUACUGCCUCUUUAAAAAGACAAUCUAAGAAAUCCUCCCAACCCAAAUUCAUUCAGCUGCUUUUUCAAGGCCUAAAGCAAGCAUUCCACGUAGCACACAGAAUUAUGGCUUUUGCUGGGCCAAAGCCUAAGGACAGGUCAAGGCCAGACCAUUUGCGCUCAAGCAAAAACCACCAUCUAAAACAAAAAGCCAGAGAUUAUUCCUUAUCAAGAGAUAUCAAAAGAGACAGGAUGCCAGUUGUUAAGCUAAAACCAACAGACUUAACCACUAAGCAGGAGAAGAUAUUAUGGGAAGAAACAGAGCAAUUCAGAUCAGCUCAACAACCAAAAAGAGAUAGCUCUUUCCAACUCAGACGUACCCAACUGCCCAAGCCCAUAGUUUCCCAAAGAAGUGCCAUUUUCAAAACCACUUCAGUCGGACAGUGUAUGGGUAUUGUUCAAAAUGAUAGUAGCAGCAAAGCUAAGAAAAACUUCUGCAGAAGUGAAAUCUCUAGCCAGGAGUCCAAGAACUCCAAAACAGGGCCCAGAGUUCAAGCCCGAGGGAGAAAUCUACAUGGUUCACUUAAGAGAACCUCACAGAGUCACCUUAAAGAGAAACUCAUGCCCAAGAAGCGAAACCACCAUAGCUUCUUAAGGGAGAGAACCCCAUGUAAUUCCUCUGAAAGGAGCCAUCGCAGUCCCUCUGAGAGGAGAUGUCACAGUCCCUCUGAGAGGAGAUGUCGCAGUCCCUCUGAGAGGAGCCAUCGAAGUCCUUCUCUAAAGACAAUCAAAGAGCCUCUACGCCUCUCUACCUGGGGGUAG